AUGGACUCGGAAGGUGAUGGAACUGGGAUUGACCGCAAGACAUUCAAAGACGGAGCAGCUGUGCUUGUGCGCGACGAAGAUGGAGAUUUACUUGACGCAACCAUUGUUCGCCAGCACCGGAAUGGUGACUACGUGGUUGAGUACAACGAGACGGGAAAAAUGGAGAAGAACGUACCGAAAGACCGUAUCCAGUCCGCCGAUGAUGGGAACGCGAGGAGUCGUAAUUUAGACAAGGACGACGAGCUUCAAGUCGACACAGCAGUGCAGUUCAAGAACGAGAAGGGGGAAUGGAGCGACGGUCAAAUUCGCAGGCUCCGCAGCAAUGGUAGAUACGACAUUGCGCUCGAAGGAGAUGAAGUGGUCAGGAAUGUCGAGAGGAGAGAUAUCCGAGUCACCAAGACACCGAGUAGGAAGAAAAGUGUGGAUGCUGAAGUAGACAGCGAGGAUGAAGAUGAGGAGCGUGCUAUGAGGAAAAGGAGGUCUAGAACCAGAGGCGGUAGAAGUAAGCGCGAGUUGGUCACGAGUGAAGAUGAAAGUGACGAUAGCGUCGGUCCUCUACGGCAAGGCCGACGGAGCGGUGGAGCAGGAUUCCCCCAGUUGCGAGUGAAUCAAUUGGUCGAGUUCGAAGAUAAAAGCGGGCGUAUUCGUCGUGGACGGAUCAAAAUGCUCAACCGGGAGCAACAAAUGUGCGACGUGGAGCAUGAAAGUGACGCUGGAAGAGUCUCGAGGCGUAUCCCUCUCGACGUCGUUCGGCCCGCCAGCUCAUUUGGUCGCUUUUUUGGCGGGACGAACCGAAAUUUUGUGCCAUUUCAGCUGAACACGCAUGUGUAUUAUCGCACAAAAGACGGCAUGGAGCGGAAAGGAAUUGUACUCAAAGUAUCCAAGACCAGUGGCAGGACACUCUACGAAGUGGAGGAUUUACUGGAUGGAACAAUGAUUAAACAGCUAUCAGUUGGGAAGCUACGAGCUGUUCCGUGGCUUGAUUACACCCUUCCGAGCUGGAACGGUAUGCCGAAUUUACCAACUUUUUCACUGUUUUCCGCGCCUAUACUUCGAAGAGGAAUGAAUGUCCGCUUUCGUCGGACUGAAGAGAAAACAGGACGUAGUGGGUGGAAAGGUGGAGUCAUCGUGAAGGCCAAGGCGAACGCUUGCUGUAUCGUGGAAUACUACGGACCAAACGGUGACUGUAAGCGGGAAGAAGUCAAGAACUCCGACAUCCAAGCUCGGUUCUUUCGGAUGCCGUUCAGCGGAAUGAUGGACGGUGUUCUGGAUGGUUUAUCGCUUCCAACUAUUCAACUACCUGCCGGUAUGUUUAAGGUUGGAAGUGCCGUGGAAGUGUCCAAUGGAGCCAGAGUUUUCCUCGGAACAGUAGUGAGUUCUAACGAGAUGGACAAGACGUACACAAUCCGAUACGAAGACGGUCGAAAGGAGAAAAACGUGCCAAGUGAUCGUGUUCGGUUAUCACUACGUCGCUUGCGAAUUGGUACCGAGGUGGAAAUGAUCGUUGAAGGUCCGUGCAAAGAAGUAUCCAAGUUAGACGGCGAGGUGGCAUGGAUCCAUCGAGACGAGAAAGUUGCGGUUCGCAUCAACGGCGGCAACAAUGAUGUUUUCGCUGAAGUUUGCACUCACGCUCUGAUGGUCGAUGGUAAACCAGCGUUUACGGCUCCGUUAAGUAGCACGUGGCUGGAACUUUUGGGGUACUACUUGAAUUUAGCAGCCGAACUAUUCGUCUACACUUGGUUUUUCUUUGGCUUCAUGGUCGAGAUGGAUGAAAUGCUGACAUUGCACGAAGACACGGCGCCAGAUUUACUGCAAAACCAAGAGCACAUGACCGCAAUGUACACAAGUCAGCAGGUGGAUUGGACUCUCUGUCAUCAUCCAGCACUGCAGAAUGCAUCGUCGUCAGAUUAUUUGUUGAUUUCUUCCGAUGUGAUGGCUACCGAUCGCGCGUGGCUCAUGGCUUUGUUAGUAUCGAAGGCUGUCUUAACUGCGGGUUGUGCUCUCUUGGUGCUGCGGUGCUUACGAUCCAAGUUGUCAGCACUACAAGAUGACUUCAUUGACUUGAAAGAAUACCAACAAGAACGUGUGAUGCGACGACAUCUAGCAGUUGCAAUGGGUUGGGCUCUCAUCGUGACGUUCAUGACACUAGUCAACUACGCUUCAUUGUUGAAUCGGUUCGACUACUACUGUCUGCUAAACGACAAAACGUUGAGCUUCGACGAGCUCGCAUUGAGUAUUAACCCUUUCGCGAUUCAUUCUAGCUACUCGAACUCCGUUCAACUUCUGAUCUCUCUUGCGGCCAAGACCACCUUCAAUCUCUUUCGAGGCGUGACUUUCCACCUGCUGCUCUUCGCGUUCCCAACCAGUGGCACGAACUUCAUUCGACGCCUGGUGUUCUUACUACCAUCUAUCGCAGUGACAGCGCUACUCUGUGCUGUAGGUGGAGCAGCACUGCACACGUUUUACUACGUUCAGAAGACCGAGAUACUGAGUGACAGGACACUGGAGAUGUCCACCAACACCGAUCUAUCGGUGCUUCUACUGGUCUUGUCGCUCUGGUUCAUCUACUGCGUAUACAACGUGGGGGCUGCAGCUGGUCGAUUCUCUGAGACUCGAUUGGAGCGACAACGAACGUCACGAGAUGAAGUAUCGGAGGACGUACUGGAUCUCGCGGAACGUGGAGAAUUCGGUCUACAAGCACAACGUGAAGCGUUGGUGACCAAGGUGGAACAACGUCAGGACCAACUUGGCAUCUGUAAGCUGAGUAUCCUGCGCAUCUACCGCCACAUCAUCGUCCACUUUGCAGCCGCUGCAGUUGCAAUCUACAUUGACGUAGCUCUACGUCGUGUGGUCAAGGAGUCCAAUGGGAGUUCAGUGGCGUUGAACGCUUUGGCUUUCCACCUCGCAGUGUCGAUCACGUGGUUGGUCGGAUCAGCGAUGGCAGUCAUGUUUGCCAUCUCACUACGACAGCAGUCACCGGAAUUGCUGGCGUAUAUCUUGGAUGUGUAA